CAUCGCCCUGUGCGGGCUCUUCUGGAUCCGCAGGCACCGCGGCGGCAAAACCUCCCGCCUGGGCCGGGCUCUCGCCUUCCUGGAGGACGAGGAGGAGGCGGUGCGGCUCAGCGUCUCCUCGGCGGAUCUGCCCGCCUGGGUAUAAUACACAGAAAUACAUGUCAGGAAGUUUCCGUUAGGAGCUAUCAGGAUAUUUAUCCCAUCUCUGUGAGCUACUGUUCAUUUCAAUUUUAAACGGGUCAACAUAUUGGACAAUUUCAAAUGGGUCAACAUUAGGACUUUCUUUAGACAUUAAGAAGAAGAGGAGAGGAGCAGAGGUGACAGAAGGCUGCAAUGCAAUACAACUUUCUUACACGGUUUAAGGAGUUUCAGUUCCAAUACUUGAGGGAUAUCACUGUUGUUAUAGUAGCUUUCCUGUGUUACUAUUUAAAUCCAAAGGUGUUGAAAAUCUGUUUCAGCCUUUCUACUAGAGCCAACCUUUUUUUGUGUGUAAUUGCCACAUUGUUGAAAGAAUUACUUCUUCACCUUGGUGCUCCCUCUGACUGGAGGCAGACAGCCUGUGGGACAGGGAAGAACACGGCAGACGUCGCGCUGGAAAGCUUGUGCUGAGCAGAGCUCUGUAGCUUGUCGUGGCAGCUCCUAGGACUUGCUGAACCGAUAGCAGCAGCUCACGUGGGAUGACGAUGUUUGUGCCGGUCCAUUUUCCAGAUACAGAGAGAGCAGAAUGGCUCAACAAGACUGUAAAACAGAUGUGGCCUUUUAUCUGCCAAUUUAUUGAGAAGCUCUUCCGGGAGACCAUAGAACCAGCAGUAAGAGGAGCAAACAACCACCUCAGCACUUUUAGUUUUACAAAGAUUGAUAUUGGUCAUCAGCCACUGAGGAUAAAUGGUGUAAAAGUGUACACUGAAAAUGUGGACAAAAGGCAGAUCAUUUUGGAUCUUCAAAUCAGUUUUGUUGGAAACUGUGAAAUUGACUUGGAGAUCAAGAGAUACUUCUGCAGAGCUGGCGUGAAAAGUAUACAGAUCCAUGGUACUAUGAGAGUUAUCCUGGAACCACUAAUUGGAGACAUGCCCCUAAUUGGAGCACUAUCACUUUUUUUCCUUAGGAAACCUCUUUUAGAAAUUAACUGGACUGGACUGACCAAUCUUCUGGAUGUUCCAGGGCUGAAUGGCUUAUCAGAUACAAUAAUAUUGGAUAUAAUAUCCAACUACCUGGUCCUUCCAAAUAGAAUUACUGUUCCCCUUGUCAGUGAAGUGCAGAUUGCUCAGUUGCGAUUUCCUAUACCAAAAGGUGUUCUAAGGAUACACUUUAUUGAAGCUCAGGACCUGGAGGGUAAAGAUACUUACCUAAAAGGGAUCGUCAAAGGAAAGUCAGAUCCUUAUGGAAUCAUCCGUGUAGGCAACCAGAUUUUCCAAAGCAAGGUCAUCAAAGAAAAUCUCAAUCCAAAAUGGAAUGAAGUUUAUGAGGCCUUAGUAUAUGAACAUCCAGGACAGGAGCUAGAGAUUGAGCUCUUUGAUGAAGAUCCAGACAAAGAUGACUUCCUUGGAAGUUUGAUGAUAGAUUUAAUUGAAGUUGAAAAGGAACGACUUCUAGAUGAGUGGUUUACUUUGGAUGAAGUGUCCAAAGGAAAAUUGCAUUUAAAACUGGAGUGGCUCACAUUGAUGCCAACGGCAGAAAACCUAGACAAGGUGCUAACUAGCAUUAGAGCUGAUAAAGACCAAGCCAAUGAUGGACUUUCUUCUGCAUUGCUUAUUCUCUAUUUGGACUCAGCAAGAAACCUGCCUUCAGGAAAGAAAAUAAACAGCAAUCCCAACCCACUUGUUUCGCUGUCAGUUGGACACAAGGCACAGGAAAGUAAGAUUCGAUACAAGACCAAUGAACCAGUAUGGGAGGAAAACUUCACUUUCUUUGUACACAACCCCAAAAGACAAGAUCUUGAAGUUGAGGUGAGGGAUGAACAGCACCAGUGUUCUCUGGGGAACCUCAAACUGCCUCUAAGUCAGUUGCUGGAGAGUGAAGAUUUAACUAUGCAUCAGCGGUUCCACCUGAGCAACUCUGGUCCAAACAGCACUAUAAACAUGAAGAUUGCACUCAGGGUUCUUUCUCUUGAAAAGCAAGCAAGAUCUCCAGAUCAUCAACACUCAGCCCAAGUAAAAAGGCCGUCUGUUUCCAAAGAUGCAAGAAAAUCAUCUUUUAAGCCUCAGGUUCCUGUCUCGCCACCACUUGAUUCAAACAAACCUGUUCCAGCCUCCCCAGUGACUGACAGUGAUAAAAAGACAGAUGUGGCUGAAAAAAGUCAGCCUUCCAAUGCCAAUCCUCAGUGGCCAACAGAUCUCAGCCGAAGUUCUUCAAGUCUUCAUGCCUCUAACUUCAAUUAUUCUCCCAGCCACCUCUCAGUCAAGGAACCAACUCCUAGCAUAGCCUCAGACAUAUCUCUGCCCAUUGCUACACAGGAGCUACGGCAAAGACUGCGACAACUUGAAAAUGGAACAACCCUGGGGCAAUCUCCAUUAGGACAGAUACAGCUAACAAUUCGUCAUAGUUCACAAAGAAACAAACUGAUUGUGGUAGUGCAUUCCUGCAGAAAUCUAAUAGCAUUUUCUGAAGAAGGAUCCGAUCCAUAUGUUCGAAUGUAUUUAUUGCCUGAUAAGAGAAGAUCAGGAAGAAGAAAAACACAUGUAUCAAAGAAGACAUUAAACCCGGUGUUUGAUCAAAUAUUUGAUUUCAGUGUUUCCCUCCCUGAAGUACAGAGAAGAACACUAGAUGUAGCAGUGAAGAACAGUGGUGGUUUCUUGUCCAAAGAUAAAGGGCUGCUUGGCAAAUUAUUGAUACCUCUGGCAUCUGAAGAACUUGCUAAAGGCUGGACCCAGUGGUAUGACUUAACAGAAGAUGGUACAAGACCACAUGGUGCAAGCUAGGCCCAUAGAUACUGGGAGUUCCUGACACAUACCUUUGCCAACCUUUAUAUAUUUUUAAAGCAUUGUUCUCACAGAUGUACCAAUAUUAUUUUUAUAGCUUUACCAAUUUAGUUGUUAGACACAUCCCCAAUAAUUUUAUAACACUUGGUCAUUUUAUGUAGACAUACAGUUUCUCAUUGUUAAAUUUUGUAUUUUAAUUUGCUCAGAAAUUUUACGUUACUGUCAUGUGCAAUCGUACAGUAAAGUAACCUUUUGUGUUUAAGUUCAUCUUUAUGGUGGUUAUACCUAUUAGAAAGUGAAAAGAUGUUUCCUGCCUUGUUUUAUAUCUCACCAAGCUAUACUGUACCAUGUAAAUAUAUACUAUUUUUUUAUAAUUCUUUCAUGCUGGUUUGAAUUAAGAAGAAAAUUAGAUAAAGGAUAUAGAUAUUUUCUUCUAAAUGCAUGUUAAUUUCUUCAAAUGAAUCUCUUUUGUCUUUGCAGCACAAUGGUCUUAAUGUUAAUCAUUUUGUGAUAUUCUUCAAAAACAAACUGCAGAAAAAUGUUUUUACUUUAUUGUGCUUCUGGCCCAGUGUGGCAACUUUAAAAUGUACAAAACAUUAACAUUUUAGUAUUUAUAUAUAAAUGUAUUAUUGGAAAAUCAUGCUAUAGAAUAUUAUAAACAGAAAUGAGAAUUCUAUAAAUAUUGUAUAAAGAGAGGUCCAUGAAUCACAAUUUAUAAAAUUGAGUUUUCAUUUAAUGGAGUACAUUACAAGCAGUACAAUUUGUUAUACAGGUUCACUUGGGUUUUGUUAUUUAUUCCUGUACUCUACAGUACUAAACAAGUGACCCUUUGAAGGCAUGAGGACAUGGAUUUUACUGUAUUAUAAACAAAUCUCUAUUUAGAACUGUCCUGUCUGCCUUGUUUCACUGAUAAGGUAUACAAAUCAGCUUGCAAUGUAAGUUCAUACAGUAGGCAUACAUACAAAACAUAUGUUCUUUUUGUUAUAGAAUACUGUACUAAAUAGUUUAUUAUUCUAUACCUUCUGUAAUACUACAAUGGAACACCAAUAUGUAAGAAAGUGUGAAACUGAGUUGAAAGUGACUGUCUUUACAGUUGCCUCACUGCUACUUAGUGCAUUUGGUGCAUGAAGAAAAUGCACGUCAGUGGUCCACACAGCUUUCUUGAGAAAUAAUGGCGUUCUACUGAAGCAUUGCCAUAGUCUGCUGCAAGAUCAGUAGUGAUACUCAAACUGAUAAAAGUAGACAGUUGCAAGUUGAAGGGAGAGUAUCAGCCUCAGCAGCUGAGCUCACAGCUCUAGUUUUAUGAAUUAUGGUGUGUUUUUGUAUCCUGAACUGAUUUUUCUUUUGCUGGUAAGUUUUCUCAGACUGUUAUUAAAAAAAAAUGUGCAUUAUGAAUCCAAGAGAAGAGUUGAGCUCUUUCAGAGCCAACACCCUCAUUCUUGGAUAAGUAUGCAAUUAGACAGAAGAAGUACAUUAUUUAGCUAAGAUUCUAGAGUGAUCUCUCAGCCAAGAAAGAAUUUUAAAGCAUAACAAUAAACUCCUGAAAUUAGCUUUAUUGUAAAAUUACUGACGGAACCUUAAUUCUAGAUGUAGAAUAUGCCUACAUUACUAGAUUACCAAAGUGCCUACCAUAGAUGUAGCUUUUUGUCUUUUUCAAGUUUAAGAAUUGACUUAUUUUAGUUCGUCAAAAUUCAGUUUAACAUGAACAUUUCUCACGCAGAUGUGACACACACAUACACCUCUAUACAGUGAUGGCCGCCUUAUUGGCACAUUUUGUAUGAGACAAUUUUUGCAAACAAACCUACAUUGUAGAUUUUGCUGCUGUUACUUUCUGAGGGACUGGGCAAUAGAGAGAGGUUCUUUGUAAGAAACGUUUCUAUUUGAAGGCUUCACUUUAUAUUGGAUUGUAUGAGUGUCUGUAUGCAUAUACACUCAUCUGUUCAUAUAAAAUAUAUAUUGUGAAAUACAGAUUUUUCUUUGCUAGAUCUCUGUUAAAAUGCUAGGAAUGAAAAAACAGAAUUAUUGUUAAUGCAGUGGAAAUUGAAAAAGCAAAAGGUGUUGUAAGAAAGAGGUGUGCAUGCAGUAGUUCAGCACAAUUGUCUUUUGCCUUGGUUCAGCCAGAGGUGGAAGAACUUUUGCACUACGUCUUAGCCAGUGACUCAGCAGAGUUUGAUCCCUAGCAUACAGAUAAGCAGUAAGACUGAUACAGUGCUUCAAGUCUUAAGUGAAGUCUCUGGGGACAGAUGUUGGAAGUCUGCACUUGAACAAAAAGAGCGCAUAUUUUGUCUUCUGAAGUCUCCAGGGGAAAAGAUGCUGUGUUUGGGUAAACACAAGAUGAUAGCACAAAGUGAGGAACUGAAUAAAUUGUAUAGGACAGGUUUUCAAAUAGCUCAGGACCCCACGUUAGGGAUGGGUUCUUAAGAAAAGUGCAGUUCCUAUUUAGGAAUCUGAAGUGAAGAGGCUGUAAUUCAGCAACAAUGCAAAUUCCAUAAUUCCGAUUGGCAGGUAUCAGUCAUGGAUGCCACACUAUUUAGAAAUGUUCUGAGUGAAUUUGGAUCAGAAUAACAAUGCCUAUUGUUGGUAGUGGAAGCAAACCUCUGUAUUGUAGUUACCAGGUUCUGAGUGUUCUGUUUGUAUGGAAGUAGUGAGGACAAACACCACCUUUCCUCUGGGCAAGAAUUGCACUUCAUUAUCAAGUCAAUGUAUUCAGUAUCAACUGAUAGCUUUUAAUGUAGUUCUUGUUUAUCCUGUGCCUUAAAAUAUGAACAUAUGAAGAUGUUUAAGAAAUGGCUAAAAUGAGCUUGUUGCUUGUAUGUAUCAACCACAGUCUCUAGUAUUGAAACUGUUUUUAGGAUUACUCUGCUUCACUGACAUGAAAACCAGCUCUCUUUUACCGCAGUGAUCCAACCCAAACUCAAAUCAGCAUGCAUAUCACUCAAGUUUGGGUUAAAAGAAUUUAGUUUUGUCUUGAAUCCUUUAUCAGAGCUGCAGCUAAUGGUGAGAGUUGAAAUGAGAACAAAGGGUAAUCAAUUUUGUACAGAUUGCCUUUUUUGCUCAUGUAAUUCUACAUUAUGAUGCAUGUAUUCAAUAAAUGGUUCAUAUGGAA